UAUAUUGAAAUCGCUAAAGUAUAGUUAUUAUUAACAUAUCUACAUUAAAGAACUAUGUCACCUAAAUCCAAAGAUACUGCAAUAAAAAAGCCACUUCUCCAAGUCUUACGACCUAGUAUCAGUAAUUCAAGCUUAAACUAUAUUCCAGACGAUAUUAUAGAAGGUUUUGAUGAACGAAUAAACACUGGUAUAUCUUGGACAAUAACAGAAAAAGCAGCGCGAUACCAUAGACAAAAAUGUAAUGUAAAAAAUAUUCCAAUAGUUACAUUUUCAAAAGCAUUACAAAAUAAAAUAAAAAAGAGUAUCCUUAAUGGAUUUCUUGAUGAAGAUUCUAAUUUCACUCUUAAUGAACAAUGGGAAAUAUUACUUUCGAUGGCUAUAUGGGAUAACGAAAAAUUUUCUAACGAUGAAGGAAAAGAAUGUUUUAAUAAUAACAAUUCAUUGACUGACAAUAUGAUUGAGUUGAUAAAGACCGCCGUCCGACGUGAUGACCGAGAAAUACUUAAAACGAAUUUGAAAAUGGUCAAUGUACUGAGAGCGAACGAUUGUGAGAUGACAGAUUUUGAUAAAUCUUUGAAAAAAUUUACAAAAUUAUCAACUUUAAAUUUGUGUGCCAAUUAUAUAGCUAAUGUUGACACGAAUUUCCUUCCACGAGGAUUACGAAUACUAGAAUUACAAAACAAUCGCAUUAACAACGUGGAGAUAUUUGUUGAACAUUUGCCGCCUAAUUUGCUUUAUUUGGGCCUCUCAAGAAACAUACUCAGCAAUGAUGGUGUAAGUGGACUAUCAAGGCUACCACACAAUAUAACGGUGUUAGAUUUAUCAGACAACGACAUCUGUGAUAUAGAAGUGGUACUAAAUGCACUAGAAGCCUUGCCCGGUCUGAUAGCUUUACAACUCGCUGGAAACCCUUGCGCGGUGUGUGCAGCAUAUGCCCGUGUAACAUUAAUGCGACUGCCGAGACUGCAAUGGCUUGACGCUCGAGAAAUUCUACCCACGGAUAGACCGUUAGAGCCGUUUGAACCUCAUCCUGAUGAUUUACGCUCUGCUUACUUUAAUUUCACUAUCUUUCGGGUUAUGUCUGUACCUCAACCGCCUAAACCUGAUAAGGGUGCUGUAACAGCUUUUCACGUUGAAUUGGAACUGCCUCUAUUGGAUUCAUUGCGACGAAAUUUUUUAAUGUUCCAUAAUAACGAGUCGCUUGUUGAAAUGUUACCACCGCCAGAGGACGACGAAUGGCCAUCCGCGGCGCCGACUCCCUCAUUUGCUGAAAGUAAAAUUGCUGUAGAAUCAUCAAAAUUACGAGCUUCUACUUCAUAUUAUGAACAGGACAUCUACAAUCAUUUGGUCGCAAAGAACUCCCGUGAAAUCUGCCAUUUCACAGUAUUCGAGAGUAAUCGUGUUCAGUGGAACAAGAUAAUGAAUUUCCAAGAGCCAACAGUUAAAAUAUUUUGUCCAAACCUUUUCGCUUUGAGAGAUACAUUCCGCACGGUUAUUACCGUACGACUCGUGUACACAGUGACAGUUGCGGGUAAACAAAGUAAACCAGAUAAGAAAAGCGCACUGUCUCUAAGAACUCCAGGCGAACAGCGAGUUACAUUGGCGUCCAUCAAAUGCGUACUCAAACGGCCGGACUGGAGCCAACCCUCGCAGCACUUCCAUUGGGACGACACGCUGAUCACCGACGAAGCUAUCCAUUGGGGAGAUGGUGACCUUUCUGUAUUACAGUAUACUCUAGCAGCUGUGAAGACGCCAAAAGGAAAACCUGAUUCAGACCCUAGUUCAACCAAACAGUUUCCACCAGAAAACCUAACCUGUCACUUUGGGUUUGGUAUAGAAACUUUACGAAUAUAA